AUGGAACAUCCCAAAUUCAAAUGGAAUAAUUUAACAGAACAAAUAGUCUACGAAAAUAGAGAAAGAACACAUCGUCUUCAAGCCGAGAUUUCCAAAUCCCGAAGAGAAAUCAAAGAUUACGUAAGAAAAGUAGAGAAAUCAAAAAUGAUUCGAAAUAUUGAAGAGAAAAAGGCAAAGAAGCGUAUAGCUAUAGACAGCGAAUCUCUUUCCUAG